CUCAGAAGGAGGCCCCUAUUUGCAUUGUUUAGCAUACUCUGAAAAUGAAGAGCUCAUUUUUUGCAUUCCUUGUGCAAUUGGUGUUAUGCAGAGUUACAGCGCAGGACUAAGCAGAACCAGGUGCUGGCCGGCGUGUAUGGGACAGGCUGCAGACUCUCUCCUUACAUCACUCUGCACUCCCAGCAAAGCUCGCACAGCCCAGGCACCCAGCGCAGAAAAUGCUGAGACUCAGAAUACUGACCCUGCUGACACUCUGCCUUACGGACGCAGUGCAGGCACAGCAGCAGUGUACCAACGGCUUCCAGAUGGACCGAGCUUCCGGGGAGUGUUUAGACAUAGAUGAAUGUCGGACCAUCGCAGACGCUUGCCGAGGAGACAUGAUGUGCGUAAACCAGAAUGGCGGCUACCUCUGCAUCCCCCGGACCAACACGCAGUACAGGCCCUCAUUCCGAAACCCCUUCCUCCCAGCCGCCUCACCCCUGUCUCCACCGCUUACUGCGUCAAACUUCCCCUCCCCGGUCAGACCCGUCAUCUGCCGCUUUGGGUACCAGAUGGAUGAGAACAGCCAGUGUGUUGAUAUUGAUGAGUGUGCCAGUGACUCCCACCACUGCAACCCCACGCAGGUGUGUAUAAACACGGAGGGAGGCUACACCUGUUCCUGUACCGAGGGCUACUGGCUGCUCGAGGGCCAGUGCUUAGACAUAGAUGAAUGCCGCUACGGGUACUGCCAGCAGCUCUGCGCCAAUGUACCAGGAUCAUAUUCCUGUACGUGUAACCCUGGGUUUGUGAUGAACUCUGACGGCAGAUCCUGCCAAGAUGUAGAUGAAUGUACCACAGAGAACCCGUGCGUGCAGAGCUGUGUUAAUACUUACGGGUCGUACCUGUGUCGCUGCGAUGCCGGUUACGAGCUGGAGGAAGAUGGCAUCAGCUGCAGCGAUAUGGACGAGUGCAGCGUGUCAGAGUUCCUGUGCCAGCACGAGUGCGUCAAUGGGCCUGGAUCAUACUACUGCAGCUGUCCGUCCGGCUAUGUGUUGCUGGAUGACAGCAGAACGUGCCAGGAUAUUGACGAGUGUGACACUGGGAACAACACGUGUACUGCACAGCAGACCUGCUUAAAUAUCCCUGGAACCUAUAAGUGUAUAGAUCCUGUACGCUGUGAAGAACCAUAUAUCCAGCUCAAUGACAAUCGCUGUAUGUGUCCGGUGGAGAACCCAACCUGCCGAGAUCAGCCCUUCACCAUUGUUCACCGACAUAUGGAUAUUGUAUCCAGCAGCCGAGUCCCUGUAGACAUCUUCCAAAUGCAAGCCACCAGCCGCUAUCCCGGAGUCUACUAUAUCUUCCAGAUCAAGUCUGGCAAUGAGGGGAGAGAAUUCUACAUGAGGCAAACUGGGCCUAUCAGCGCAACCCUGGUGAUGACGCGACCAAUCAAAGGGCCCCGUGACCUGGUCCUUGACCUGGAAAUGAUAUCGGUGAACACUGUGGUGAACUUCCGAGGCAGCUCCAUCAUCCGGUUGAGGAUAUUUGUGUCUCCGUAUUCAUUCUGAGCCAGCGCUGCGCUAGUGUGACCGGAAUCCUCCCCUUUCCUGAUGCGCAGCUUCCUGAGAGAUGGACCAGAAGAUGGAAGUCUACCUGUAGAUACAACUCCCAUAAAAAAGGCAUAUUAAAGAAUAGCAGGAACCAAAUCCCCCCUCCCCCUCCCCCCCAUAUAUUUAAUGAUCACUUAAUUAUUCACUGGAAGCCAAAUUACAGGAUAAGGAGCAUUUUCAUUUAGUUUAUUUUUAGUGGGUGCGGAGUCUUCAUGUAAAACGUAUUGACGCAGCUUCCACCUGCUGUGAUGAUGAUGAUGACCUCUGUGUGUGCGCUGCUCGCAAAUAUGCCGAUGGAUAUUCCAAGCGUAUUAUGGUUCGUGGACGCACACCGGCAGAUAAUCAUUCAGAACAGCCAGGAAAUCGUUAUCUUGUGAUUUGAUUUCCCGGCAUGUUCCAUCGGUCAGUCCAUCGUCCUGCAGAUAUCAUUAACGCUCGCCAAUGCGUGGCAAUCGCCGGUGGUCUGGGAACCAGUCUCCCGCUGAAAUCUCAUUUGAUUUGUCCAGUUCUCUCCGCGGAUGUACUGAGAUAGGCGAUUUCUCACCACCGAUUGCUGGCGCUGUAAAAUCGUUUCAAUCACUCAACGUAUAGAGGGGGAAAUUCCAAGUUGAUCGCAGCAGGAUUUUUGUUAGCAGUUGGGCAAAACCAUGUGCACUCCAGGGGGGGCAGAUGUAACAUGUGCAGAGAGAGUUAGAUUUGGGUGGGGCAUUUUGUUUCUGUGCAGGGUAAAUAUUGGCUGCUUUAUUUUUACACUGCAAAUUAGAUUGCAGAUUGAACACACCACACCCAAAUCUAACUCUCUCUGCACAUGUUAUAUCUGCCCCCCCCCUCCCCCCCUGCACUGCACAUGGUUUUGCCCAACUGCUAACAAAAAUCCUGCUGCGAUCAACUUGGAAUUACCCCCAGAGUCAGUGGAUCACUCAGACCAUCGUAUCAUCUGUGAGAUUGUGGGUUUAUGACCAGCGUAGCGUCACCUUCCGGUCGUGAGACAGCGUUACCCAUAUCAGUGGCAAGGUCAGGGCUGUAACUAGGGUGGGCGGCAGUGUCGCUGCCCCUUGGUCCCUGCCUCUGGCUGCAGCCCCCUGGAGCAUCCCCUUCCGCAUUCUGAGGAUGCACCAGGCAGUUCUGUGCUUAGCGGCGCUGGUGGCCCCACCCCUUCCGCAUGAGGUCAUGAUGUCAGCUCAGGACAAUUUAGCACAAUGUGGAAGUUUUGACAGUGGACAAAGGGGCUUCUGCAAUGACGGCAUUCACGUAGUUGAAUGAUGGUUUGCUACUGCGCAUGUGUAAUAAAUGUUAAAAACCCACUCGGCGCCUGCGUUACACAGAGUGCACACACAAUGCUGCUGCAGCGCUGGAGGUGCGCGGUAUCAGAAAUGUGGUGGAAAAGUGGCGGCCAAUCCUAGGCGGAGACUAAGAGGUGGAUAGUAGUGCACGCAUUAAUGGACCAACCGGCGGGCGUGUUACGGGAGUGUUGCAGCACGUCAGAGCAAGCGGCUGCGUUCCCAGACACACAGCGGCAGGGAUAGGUGGCCGUGGUCAGAGGGGGAUUCUGCACCUGCCACCGUUGCAGAUGGUCGCCCACUGCUGCGUGCGUCUCAGAAUCACAUUAUUAUACUGUUUCCCAUGAUCAUACAGUGAGGGUGGAUAUUACAGGUCUAUAUUCCGUGUGACACGCAGUGACGCCAUACAGCUCCCCUUUUAUGUCACAAUUAUCCUUUUCCCGUCCGCAGCGACUCCCCUCAUAUACCAAUUAAUGGCUUGUGACCCCACGAUAAAACAGGAAUUCUACAGAUGAUCUGAACUGUUCGGAGUAAUUCACCCAGUGGUGGCACUGCCGACCUUAUGUCGGCCAUGCAUUAUACAGAAUCAGCUUUAUUGGACAGGUAUACUUGCGUAUAAUAGGAAUAUGUCUUCGGUUUGCUAUACAACAGCCAAGUAGGUAACAGAUAAGCAGGUGGGGCGGGGGGAGUACAGUCAUACAGAUAGGUAUACCGUAGGGACACAAGUUAGUUACAUGGACAUCUAGUCAAUGUUCAGGAGUUCAGCAGGUGGACCACUCGGGGAAAGAAACUUUUGAGGCUUCUGGUGGACCUGGCGGGGACGUCCCUGUAACGCCUGCCUGAAGGAAGCAAGUUAAACAUGCUGUGGCCGUGGUGUAGCUGGUCCUUUACUAUCUUCAUUGCCCGCUUUUGAGCUCUGGACAGGUACAGGUCCUGGACUGAGGGAAGGUCGGCCCGAUGAUCUUCUCUGCGGUUCUCACCACCUUUUGGAGCCUGCAUCUGUCCCUCGCGCUGGUGGAGCCUUACCAUACCAGUAUGGAGAAGCACAGUACCGACUCCACAAUCGCGGAGUAGAAGAGGAGCAGAAGCUUCUGUGGGAUGUUGAACUUCCUUAGUUGCCUGAGGAAGAACAACCUCUGCUGCGCUUUCCUCACAGUGGCGUCAGCGUUGGACCCCCAUUUAAGGUCCCGGGAGACUGUGGUCCCCAGGAACUUGAAGGAGUCCACUAGCUAUACCACACUAUCAGCAAUCGUUAGCGGAGGUGCACUAGCUGACGUCUUCCUGAAGUCUACUAUCAUCUCCACAGUUUUGAGGGGGUUGAGCUCAAAGUUGUUGUGGCUGCACCACUGGGCCAACCGGUCUACUUCCCAUCUAUAGGCCCCUGUACUAAUGGACCGCACUUGCGAGGUGAACUCCCCCGCUUUCACCACCUGUGUCCUAUCUGUCAGGAAGUCUACUAUCCAGGAACAGGUAGCUUCUGGGAGCCCUAGGCGAAGUAAUUUGGGGUGGAGAAUGCUGGGGACGAUUGUAUUGAAUGCCGAGCUGAAAUUGACACAGGACCCUCGCAUAGGUACCGGGAAUGUGUAGGUGCUGUAGAAUGUAGUGCAGGCCCAGGUUGACUGCAUCCUCGACACACCAAUUCAAUUGAUGGGAGAACGGUAGGGGGUCCAGUUGGGGGCCAGUCAUUAUUAUCCCACAAUUAUCCGGGUACCGGGCGAUCAUCACAUAGUGUGUGCCAAGUGCUCCAGCAGGUCCGACAGAGCGGAUAAUCUGUGCAUCGCAGUGUAGGCUAUCCCUGCCCCAGCAACCAAUAUUUCCCCUGAUCCUUCACAGCGGAGGAAGUGGGAAAUGUCUCCUCCCCAGGGGCACAAGCAGAUAUAUACCCUGUCACGUGCCAGAUAGAUGACUGCUUCCAAAUACAGUAUAUACUAUUUGUAACGAUUUUAAAUAAUUGUUUUCAGUAAAGUGAAUGGGUCGGACAAUGGGGGUCAGUCCGAGUUGUUCGCUCGUUGCCGAUUUUCGCUAUAUUGCGAUUAGUUGCUUACUGCGCAUGUGCAAGAUUCGCAGAGCGCAUGCGCUUAGUUAUUUUACACAAAAGUUAGGUAUUUUACUCACGGCAUAACGAGGAUUUUUCUUCGUUCUGGUGAUCGGAGUGUGAUUUACAGGAAGUGGAUGUUUCUGGGCGGAAACUGGGCGUGUGCGAAAAAAACGGCGUUUCUGGGAAAAACGCGGGAGUGUCUGAAGAAAUGGGGGAGUGUCUGGGCGAACGCUGGGUGUGUUUGUGACGUCAAACCAGGAACGAAACUGACUGAACUGAUCGCAAUGGCAGAGUAAGUAUCGAGCUACUCAGAAACUGCUAAGAAAUUACUAUUCGCAAUUCUGCAAAUCUUUCAUUCGCAAUUCUGCUAAACUAAAAUACACUCCCAGAGGGCGGCGGCUUAGCGUGUGCAAUGCUGCUAAAAGCAGCUAGCGAGCGAACAACUCGGAAUGAGGGCCAAUGUACAAUAAAACCUUAAUCCUAACAAAAUGUUGCAGCUUCACAUUGUUAUACGGAAGAACACAACUAGAAAUUCUAUAUAUAUAUAUAUACACACACACUACAAUAUUUAUAUAACAUGGUGACACUGAAUGAAGGCAUUAUAUAAUGUAUGUUAUGAUACAUGAGUAAUGUGUAUACUGGGAUAAGAUUCUGUAGAUGAGAUUGCUAUAAUUGGAUAGCAGUGAUGUCAUCCAUUAUUAAGCAGACCAUCGUGACAUCAUUGCAGCAACCGUACGUAAUCAUGGUUAAAUUCCUGUAGAGAAAAUAAUGUAGAUUAUAAGAUUAUUGGGGAUUAUACUUUCAUCCUCUAUGCGGUCCUAAUACACGUAAUGUAAAGUCUUCGUGUGGUGUAACCGUAGGUAACUGUUCCAGCCUUUAAAUCCCUGCAGACUCUGACGCAUCAGGAAAGGGGGCUUAUUUAAGCAAUACACUUUUUGUAUGUUUUUGUUUAUUUGGAAAAAUAAAAUGGAAUUUAUUAAUGGAA